UAUCAUUCUGUAUAAAACAUAAUAACAAUUUGAACAAGUCAUCAAACACUCUGUUACCACCACUGACUUGUGUUUUAUUUAUAUAGGAAGUGAUAGCACAAGCACUGCAGAAUAACAAUAGCACUAUAUUUGAAUAUGAGGAUGAUGAUGGGGAUCGUAUCAUUGUCAGUAGCGAAGCAGAAAUGGAGGCAAUGAUGUCUUUUUACAUGAAUCUAAUGGAAGAAUGUACAAGUAGUGGAAAGAUGGCACCCCCUUUAACACUAUAUCCAAGAGUCAACAAUGCGGGGAAGAGGAACUUCCACGGUUUAACGAUAAAUACAAGACCAGAGGAGUCAUCACUUGUACAGAAAGUUGACAGUGGAGUUGUUCUAGGAACUGGACAUCGGCAUGAUGCAGCACUUAGAGAAAUCCUUGCAAAUGGAACUAUGGCAGAAGGUGAUAUACAUUAUCUUGAGGUGCUUGGGUGUGGACAUAGUGGUACAGUCUACAAAGCUCUCCAUCGGCCUUCAAAUAAUAUAGUAGCAGUCAAGGUUAUGCAUUUAGAUAUAUCAAAAGAAGGGGUGCAAAAACAGAUUGCCUCAGAACUACAAAUUUUAUACAAGUGCGAUUCUCCCGUAAUUAUUGGUUUUUAUAGUGCUUUCUUUAAUGAAGAUAGAAUAUCGUUCUGUACAGAAUUUAUGGAUGGGGGAUCAUUAGAAAUGUAUAAAUGUAUUCCUGAGGACAUCCUAGGGAAAAUGACAGUAUCAAUUGUCCAAGGACUUAACUAUUUAUGGAGCCUUAAGAUAUUACAUAGAGAUUUAAAACCUUCCAAUAUCCUGGUGAACACACAAGGCGAGGUGAAGCUGUGUGACUUUGGUGUCAGUGCUCAGCUGGACCGCUCAAUUGCUGAAACAUACAUUGGCACCAAUGCAUAUAUGAGUCCUGAGCGUGUUUUAGGUUGUGAAUAUGGAAUACCAUCAGAGGUGUGGGCAAUAGGUAUCUUCCUGUUAGAGAUGGCAACUGGAAGGUUUCCUUAUCCUGUCACACCAAGGCAGCAAGCAUUAUCGCCUAUUGAUCUACUUCAGUGUAUAGUACAUGAGAACCCACCAUCUCUUUCACUUGACAAGUUUUCAGAGCCAUUUUCAGACUUUAUAUCAAAAUGUAUGCAGAAGGAUCCCGACUUACGUCCACCUCUUAUUGGCCUGCUACAGCAUACGUUUUUACGCAUGAAUGAUGUUGCUACACGCCACCAAGAAAUCGCAACUUUUAUCUAUAUGACACUGCAGCAGCUGAAGGCACAAGGACUCACAAAGGGUUUAUAACAUGUGUUUACAUGGAGUUUAUAACAUGUGUUCACAUGGGGUUUAUAAAAUGUAAUUAUGUGGACUCACAAUGGGUUUAUAACAUGUGUUUACAUGGAGUUUAUAACUUGUGUUUAUAACAUGUGUGGGGUUUAUAACAUGUGUUUAUGUGGGAUUUUAUGUGGUUUAAAACUUUGUUUACAAGAUAUUUUGUAAUGCUGACAUCAAUUGGCAAUAGCUUUCAUAACAUGUUUUUACAUGGAAUUAUGUUUUGCUCUACCUGAUGUGUUAUCGUACUAAAUACUCAGAACGUUUUCGAAUACUUGCGAAAAAAUUCUUGUGAUUCGGGUAGGAAUCGAACACAUAACCUCCAGAUAAUUAGCAAAACAUCAUCAAAUGUUUUCACAUUAUGUUCACAAUAGUUUGAUGAAUUUUAGGAAAACCAAAUGCAAUAGUGGUCACAUGGUUUAAACAUUUUCACAAUAGGUUGAUGGAAUUUAUUUAUACAAUAUAACAUAAAAAUUAUUGUUUAAGUUGUGUUCACAAAUGGAUAAGAGCCUGGUUAUCACAAGAGCUAACUUUUAGCGCUAACUUUUAGCACCUGCGUGAGAACGCCCGAUCGGUUAGCGCUAACCGUAGGCGGUUAGCAAGUUGAGCGCGUUUUUGUCAUCAACCAACCACACGUACGCGUUUACAAUUUCCAGUUUCUUAUUGCCCAUUGA